AGCGUUGUAAUACCUGCACUAUCGCUCCCCCAGCUGAAAUUCAUUGGGCCAGCCUUGAUCGAAUUGAAUCACCACAGGCUGCUUUUUGUUCUUUAUCAGCACGGGGUUACCAGUCGAGACAAACUCUCCACGUUAUGUCUGGCACGGACUAUGGGGGCGAUGGCCCCUCCUCCUCUGUGUUUUGCUGCUUGAAGAGGAAGCCACGAAGCCUCUCGCCAGGAACAGAGCAUGUGGUUAUCUCCCGAAACCGUGUGGCGCCACUCAAUGCAGCGUCCAAAAAGUGCCCAGUGAGCGGGUCAAAAGUUAGCUCCUUGAAGAACCACCUGGGAGGAACAGUUGCCAUAGACACGCUGCAUCAGAAACAGCGUCAGUCCGGGAUCUGUACAAACAACGUGUGCAUGGGUUCCACCAUGCUGAACGACGCUAUGAAACACCCUCAGGCGCACAGGCCCAAGGGAGAUGUACUGGCAGGUGCCAAAGACUUCUUUGACCAGUACUAUGCUUCAUUAAAAAGCUUAAACUCUGAGCGCCAUAAGAAGAGAUGGGCAGAAGUUAAAGAAGACAUUACGAAAACCGGGACCUAUGACCUAGCCUUGGAAGAGCUGACCUUCGGCGUGAAGACAGCGUGGAGGAACGCGCCUCGGUGUAUUGGAAGAAUCCAGUGGUCAAAACUCAAGGUGAUGGAUGCUCGCCACGUGUCAACGCCUCGAGGGAUGUUUGAAGCGAUUUGCGCCCAUCUUGAAUAUGGCACCAACAAUGGUAACAUAAGGUCUACGAUCACUGUGUUUCCACAGCGCAGAGCCAGAAGAGAGGACUUCCGGGUAUGGAACAAUCAGCUGAUCUUAUACGCCGGCUACCGUCAACCAGACGGUAGCGUCAUCGGCGACCCCGCCAACGUCGAGUUCACAGAGAUAUGUGAGACGCUAGGAUGGCAUGGAAAGGGCGGGAAGUUUGAUGUUUUACCACUUGUCCUGUCUGCCGCCGGCAACGACCCAGAGGUGUUUGACAUCCCCGAGAAGAUAGUGUUUGAAGUGAAACUCAAACACCCAAAUUACCCGUGGUUUGAGGAGUUGGGCUUGAAGUGGUUCGCGUUUCCCGGCGUGUCGAAGAUGCUACUUGAUUGUGGCGGCAUUGAGUUUCCCGCAAUCCCUUUCAACGGCUGGUACAUGGGGACAGAGGUCGGGGCCAGGAAUUUGUGUGACGCAGCAAGAUACAAUAUGACUGAAAAAGUUGCGACAAAACUGGGCCUGAACACCAAGACGGUCUCCUCACUGUGGCGUGACCGAGCCCUAGUGGAGGUGAACGUUGCUGUACUGCAUAGUUUCCAGGCGGCAGGUGUGACCAUUUUCGAUCAUCACACAGCGUCCGAAUCCUUCAUGCAGCAUCUCCAGAACGAGCAGCGCCUGCGAGGAGGGUGCCCCGCUGACUGGGUGUGGGUGGUGCCCCCGAUGAGCGGCAGCCAGACCGAGGUGUUUCACCAAGAGAUGAUGGUCUACAAACUCAAGCCUUCCUAUGAGUACCAGGAGGAUGCGUGGGCGGCUCAUAGCUGGAAGGACAAGGCCUUGGAACAAAAGUAUCUGAAGGUGCAACAGAAACGACUGGCCAAAUCCCAGGACAGUGCGGUGGCCGGCCAUGUCAACUGUGUCAUCCUGUACGCCACCGAGACCGGCAGAUCGGAGCGCUUUGCAAGACGUUUGUGUCAGACAUUCAAGCGUGCUUUUACUACCGAGGUCGUGUGUAUGGAGGACACCGACGUCAACGAGCUGAAGCAGCAAGACCUCAUCCUCGUCGUCACCAGCACAUUCGGCAACGGCGACGGCCCGGAGAAUGGCGAGCCUUUCGCCAAGAGUCUAGAGAAACUCAAACAGUCGAAAAACAAGGGGACUGAAGUGGGAGACAAUAUCGUGGAUAAUGGAAGACCACUAAAAAGCAUCAGAUACGGAGUGUUUGGACUGGGAUCGAGGGCCUACCCCCAUUUCUGCGCCUUCGGUCACUUCCUGGACUCGCUGCUGGGUGACCUUGGAGGUCAGAAGAUCUUGGAGACGGGAGAGGGUGAUGAAUUGAGUGGCCAGGAGCAAUCGUUUAAGACCUGGGCUCAGCGCGCCUUUAAGGCCUCCCUCAAGGCGUUCGAUGUGGACUUGGACGUGACAAACCUCGCCGGGGACCUGUCCAACAACGACGACACGUGGACUGCCGACAGAUUCCGUAUAGCAAAACAUCCUGACAAGAAUGAGGGUGACUUGUUCACAGCUCUAGGCAAGAUCAGCAACAAGACUGUCGUGCCCUGCAAGGUCCUUGAGAGUAAACAGCUCCAGUCAUCCACGUCUCCGCGGCAAACCAUCCUGGUCCGACUCGGUACUAAUGCGGUCACUGCCAUGAAGUACUGCCCAGGUGACCACGUCGCCAUAUUUCCCUCAAAUCCACCGGAAAUGGUCAACGCCAUCUUGUCUCGUCUCCACGACGCGCCACCUGACGGACAAAUCAUGCGGAUAGAGAUGAUGCAGGAGGAGACAACCGCACCAGACUCCACCAAGAAGUGGGUGUCAUGGGAUAAGCUCCCGGCAUGUUCCCUAAGAACCGCCUUCACCCGUUAUCUGGAUGUGACCACGCCCCCUACCCAGGACUUCCUGAAGACGCUGUCCACUUUGGCAGACCGGAACCAGGACAAGGACAGGCUGGACCUGUUGACCACUAAUUCCAGCGCUUACGAGGAAUGGAGGGAUACGAAGAACCCGACUAUCCUUGAGGUUUUGGAGGAAUUCCCCUCCCUCCGGGUACCCACCUCCCUGCUGGUCACGCAGCUUCCCUUCUUGAAACAGCGUUACUACAGCAUCAGCUCUUCUCACGACGCGAACCCCAAAGAGGUUCAUGCAACUGUCGCCGUACUCAAGUACACAACUGAAGCUGGCGUUGAACGUGAGGGUGUGUGUUCCGGUUGGCUGAACAGACAAAAGGUCGGAGAGGUCAUCCCGUGCGCUAUAAGAGCCGCCCCCAACUUCCGCCUCCCAGAGGACAAGACGUUGCCGGUGAUGAUGGUGGGACCAGGGACAGGUGUCGCCCCCUUCAGGAGCUUUUGGCAGCAGCGAGAGGUGGACAUGGCCAAAGGACCUGCUCCGACCAACGGAAAUCGGCGUGGUUGGGGUGACAUGAGGCUGUAUUUCGGCUGCCGAUCGUCCAGCCAGGACCAUGUGUACGACUCGGAGCUGGCGGCCAUGAAGACACAGAACGUGCUGGCCGACUACUACGUGGCCUUGUCCCGCGAACCAGACAAACCCAAGAUGUACGUCCAGAACAUGAUGCAACAGCAAGCCAAGGACGUCUACAACACCAUGGUUAACGCCGGGGGACACAUCUACAUAUGCGGCGACAUAACAAUGGCCGAAGACGUCAAGCAGACAUUGGAACGAAUUCUUGCUGAACACGGAAAGCUGACCCCGGAAGCAGCCAGAGACUACAUACGUCAACUGAGGAGUGACAAGAGAUACCACGAAGAUAUAUUCGGUGUUGGUCAGAAGAAAACAAAAGCAGACAACAGGUCACCUGCAAAGACAAACUGAAGCCCAGAAGACCGGAAGACGUUAAAAGCAUCUCUGGUGCCAACUAAACAGUCCAGCUACGAAGUGCACAAGCAUGGGAUUGUCAAGCAUCAAGAAAAGGGCUUUAAUGUCAACUGACAGUAAAUCAUAAUGCUGUGAAAUCUGAAAUCUGUAAAAGACGAUAAAUUGUAGGAUGGUCAUGUGAGUGUCAAUGGCGAAAUAUUCUAAUGAAGAUAAUAUAUUUGAAAUCGACAGAAACGCCCAUUGAAAAAACUACAUGACGGCUGAGCUGUCCGGAUGCAAUCAGUUGCCUUAAACUAAGUUAUAGCCUUAACUAUUGUUAAACAAAGAAACAAUGCAACCAUAUUUCGGGGCAAUAUAUAAUUAUGACUGUAUAAUAACCUGUCAUCUGGUUUGCCAGCCAAAUACCUUAAUGUCACUACAAUACCAUAAUAUACUGGACAAAAUAAGUUAGGGAUAUUGUCAUUUUUAUGAUUGAUAUUUUAUCAGUGUGUCAAUGAAUAAAUAGAUCAUUAUUCAUAAUUUCAAAAUUUACAUAUAUCCCUAACUACUUUGUCCAAUAUAGCUAAAAUUUUAACAAGUCGUUGAAUUUUGAGAGAAACAAGGGAAAGGUUACACAAAGCAAUCUUUGCGUUUCAACUGUUAUAAAUAAAUAAUACUUAUGUAGUUAUGAUUAUAUUUAUUUGAAGGUAGCUUUGUGAAACUGGAUCCAGAGACACUGAUGGAACCUUCUAUAAUACCGUAGUUAUAGAGGGAGUUUGUGUAACAAUUUUACAUUUGUUACAACCGGUGGUAUAUCUGUAUAUGCCUUAGAGAGCAAUUUUUGUGUCGUUUUUGAUCGAAGUAUGUUGAUAUUUACAUGUACAAUUAUAUACUCCUUUUAUACUCCGAGCAUACCCGGUAAAGGUUUACGCAAUCGGUUCAGAAUGUGCUUACCUCAGCAAAUCCCUUACAGUGUUUUACACACAAAGUCACGCACAAAGCCACGUGGGUUUUCACUCUUCACGCUCAGUAGUCCACGUGAUCGCAUCAAUGGGUAAUGUUGUAUACAUUAUGUUUUCCGUCAUAGCUUACGCGUUUGAAUAAAACCUGCACUGUCAACAUUUUUUUAUGACGAGGAACCUUUGUUUCCUGUUUGGGGCUUCUAUUUUGCUUUAUAGAUGCUUAGAAUUAGUGUCUAAUCAGUUAAGUUUUGGACUGAAGCCGUGUUUGUUUUUUGUUUUAUAAAAAUCGCAUUCGGGUUUUGAGAACAAAUAUAUUUUUCAUUUUUGUUUGUUAGCCUAUAGAUGGUUUUAAACCAUAUAAUUUCCUUUUCCGACUCAUUAAGUGUCUGUAUUGCCAUAACUAUGUGACAUGAUAUCAGAAAGUUUACUCCUUGUUCUUGAAAUAAGAGAGAAACAUUGUCUAAUGCACAACAUAUGUUCAAAAAUAUUAAAGUUAGUUUUAAAACAAAUAUCUGGUUUUACAGGUAUAGAUAAAUAUACCUAGCCCAUCGAAAUUAACACCACAGCCCACCCACCACAAUCUGUUGUCGUUGUCGCGGUAUGACAAUCAUGUAUGGCGCACUAUAUUUUAGG